AUGAUUGGAUAUUGUGGAACUGGGUACAAUGGUAUGCAAAUACAGAAUAAUCCAGACGUCAAGACUAUUGAAGCAGAAAUUUUCAAAGCUUUCAUUGCAGCAGGUGCCGUAUCACAGGAAAAUUCUACUGACUUGAAAAAAAAUGGCUUUAUGAGAGCAGCUAGAACAGACAAGGGUGUUCAUGCAGCCGGUAAUGUGAUCUCUUGUAAGCUUAUCUUAGAAGACGAGGACAUCAUGCACAAAAUCAACAGUCAUCUUCCAGAAAAAAUACGUUUGUGGGGUAUUGAGCGGGUUAACCGUUCUUUUGAUUGCAGAAAAUUAUGUUCUUCUAGAGUUUAUGAGUAUUUGUUACCUACGCAUAGUUUAUUACCUCCAAGACCAAAGAGCAGUUUAUACAAUCUUAUUGAGGCAAGCAGGGCUGAACAUCCUGGAGUUCUUCGGAAUGAUCCUGACGUCGAGUGGUGGGAGACUACAAGAAAGAGAAUCGUUGAGAGCGGUGUAACACAAGAAGAUUUGGAACAGGUGUUUGAAAAAACUUCGGAAGCAGGAUUUGAUAAAGACUCGAAAAAGGAAUACUAUGAUGAAAGCGGUGAAGUAUCUGAUUGGGGGAAAUUAGUAAAGAACAUAAGAGGCAUCGAAAACGCUUGCAGAAGAGAGUACAGGGUGAACUCUGAAAAGCUUGAUUUG